CACUUCUUUGGUGCUCUGUUGUGUACCAGAAAAUGUGGUAACAGACAAAGUACCACUGCACAUGCGUACCAAAGGUUAACUCCGAUUAAUUAUGUGAUAUAACGAGGAUCAUAAACUCAUUUAGGGAAGAACACACAGUUGUAAGAAAAAACUAAUACUUCGGCAAGACAUUAUAAACUAAACAGAAGCUAUUUCAACAGAUGUAGUUUUUGCUAUGUCACCACACACCAUCAGUGUGUUGUUAGGAAGAACUGCUGCAAGGCAAUAACGUCGCUUCAUUUUCAUGUGGCUAAUGACACUCCAAGAGUUGGUGGUUGCAUCAUAUUGCAUCACGUCAGAGGUGCUACGUGGAUUCCCUCCUCCUACUGCCAGUAGCUGGCCUUGGAAGGUGACGAGAGAAGACAGCUCUACUGGAAGUGGAGCAACCUCUUUCCACACUGGAGGACUACUGGGGAGACCUGGUCUGAUGGCUAGUGACUGUGACUGUGACUGGAAGAGGUCUUUCACCUCACACAUUACCACUGACUUGGUUGUAUUCCAACCACUACUUAACCCACCACCAAUAUAGAGUCUGUCCCCACAUAUGGUGGCUGUGGCAUUCCAGAGAGGAAGAGGUAGACUGGCUACUGUGGACCAUUGUAGUGUCAGAAUGUCUAUCACUUCUACUGGUGCCUUCUUAUCAUCUGGACCCCAUCCUCCAGCUACUAUCAGUGAUGUGUUGGUGGUAGCGACUGCUGGGGCAUUGCGACGGUAUGUCAUUGGUGGAAAUUGUUCAAUCCACUUCUGUUGGAAGAUGCCUGGUCUGUCCUGUGGGAGAAUGAGAAGAGUGUUUGUGGCUUUGUAUGAUUGUUUUCCUCCAAUUGCUGUCAGUUUCCCUCUCACUACUGCUAUGGAGAAGUACUCUUUGUGGCAUUCUGGAAGAACUGUCCAUUGCCCUGUCCUUGAGUUGAACAUCAGCACUUUAGUAAAACUAACACCAUCAGCACAGUACACCAUCUCUCCAUCGACUGCUACUGAAUGUCCGAAGGUUGAAAACGGAGCUGGUGGUCCAUCCCUCCACUCCAGUUUCAGAGGUCCUGUGGCCACACCACUUCCCUCCCUCUCCCUCACUCUCUGCUGCAGUUCUCGUAUCUCUCUCUCCUUCUCCUGCAGCAACUCAUCCUUUGCCCGAAUUACUGCAUCUUUCUGCUCCACACUCUGUUGUAGAGCAGCCACCACCUCUUCAUUCUCUCGUCUACUGACUUGAAGUGUUCG